ACUCGGGUCACGUGUUCGGAGUGGUUUCUAGGUUUAGGAUGGAUUCGCAGAUGGCACGUCGUACGUUUGAAGUCGCUAACGCGGUAGAAGUCGUAGCGAGCGUAGAGAGUCUCUACCAAUACGAUGCUAAGAAACAGCAGGAGAUUCUAGCUGCGAAGCCUUGGAAGAAAGACCCGCACUACUUCAAAAAGAUUAGAAUUUCGGCAUUGGCACUUCUGAAGAUGGUUAUGCAUUCUCGUUCAGGAGGUCAUCUUGAAGUGAUGGGUCUAAUGUUGGGGAAGAUAGAUGGAGACACAAUGAUCGUGAUGGACUCAUUUGCUCUUCCUGUAGAGGGAACAGAGACAAGAGUCAAUGCUCAGGCACAGGCGUAUGAAUACAUGACGGCAUACGUGGAGUCUGCAAAACAGGUAGCACGCCUUGAGCAUGUGAUUGGUUGGUAUCACAGUCACCCAGGGUAUGGUUGCUGGUUGUCUGGGAUUGAUGUCAAUACUCAGAUGAUGAACCAACAGUUCCAAGAGCCAUGGGUGGCAAUAGUGGUUGAUCCUACAAGGACUGUUUCAGCUGGCAAGGUGACUCUGGGAGCAUUUAGAACCUACCCAAAGGGUUAUACUCCACCAGACGAGGCUCCAUCUGAAUACCAAACCAUUCCUCUUAACAAAAUAGAAGAUUUUGGUGUUCAUUGCAAACAGUAUUAUUCAUUAGAAGUGUCCUACUUCAAGUCUAGUCUUGAUCGUUGUCUAUUGGAUUUGCUGUGGAACAAAUAUUGGGUCAGCACGUUGUCCUCCAACACUCUACUUGCAAAUGCUGGUUAUACGACAGGUCAAGUGGCAGAUCUCUCAGAGAAAUUGGAGCAGGCAGAACAACAGCUUGGUCACAGUAGUGGUUUCAUUGCUUUUGAGCAUGAGAAGAAAGAGGAGAGCAAACUGUCGAAAGCAGCCAAGGACAGCUCAAAGACAACUAUUGAGGCAUUGCAUGGGAUGAUGAAUCAGGUUGUAAAAGAUCGACUGUUCAAUCAAAUUUGAGCUAACGCACUGUUAAUAUGGACACGGUAGUAUUGAUAAAGGACAUGUAUGUAAAGUGUGAAAACAGUGAUGGCAAUAGGAAGUGAA